ACUAAUUCCAAUUACAACAAACUUUCUAACACUCUUAUUUCAUUGAAAAACACCGAUUUUAUUCAUUCUUCUUCCCUUUUUUGUUACAAAAAAACAAGCCCUUAAGAUGAGUAGUAGUGCUUCUGUAUUGCAGAAAGAAUUGGUUGAUUAUACUGCAACUUUAUUUGAUCAGGGAAUUCUGAAUGAUCAGUUUACCCAACUUCAAUUAUUGCAAGAUGAAACCAACCCAGAAUUUGUUGUUGAAGUUGUCAACCUUUUCUUUCAAGACUCUCAAAGGCUCCUUCAUAUUUUGUCUCAAUCAUUAGAAGUAGAAAAUGUGGAUUUUAAGAAGCUUGACACUCAUGUCCACCAAUUAAAAGGAAGCAGUUCUAGCAUUGGUGCACAAGGAGUGCUAAAUGCAUGUAUUGCAUUUCGAAGGUGUUGUGAUGAGAACAACAUUCAAGGGUGCUUAAACUGCUUGCAGCAAGUAAGGAAUGAGUACGUCCUACUGAAGAGUAAACUGGAAACCUUGCUUCAGAUGGAGCAACAGAUUGCAGCAGCUGGUGGGUCAAUUCCAAGAGCAUCCGGUGACAUAAAAUAAAACAACAAAAUACAGAUGAACAUCAAAGUAGUUACAUUAUUAUAUAUUAGUCAACUUGGUCCUUGUAUGUACUUCUAUUAGAGAAUUAUUGUUUUAUCUUUUGUUUACCGUAUAAUGGCUAGUGCUAAAAGAAAUAUUUCCUCCGUUUCAGUAAAUUUAUAAUGUUUUAGAAAAAAAUAUGAAGCAAAAUUAAUGGGAUAAAUGGUGUAUUAAAAUAGUAUUUAAAGUGGCCGGAUUUAUUUAGUUGUUGUAAUAGUUUAUCA